ACAACGGUUCAUUCAUAAUUUGGCACACCUACCUGUGAAGCUCAGUUGACUUCAUUGGUGUAAAAGUCGCGGAAAAAUUGGGUUGUGUGAAAUAUCAUUAUACUGCAUAAAUUAAAGUGCCAACGUACAAUACACGCAAACAAGGGUAUCAACAUACGAUCUUACAAAUUUUAUUGCAAUCUAAGGGUAGCGUGUCGUAUUGUUAAGUGAUUUUAUAAUACGACUACAAUUUUAACCACAAAAGCUCAAGAUUGUUACUCAUAUGUUUUCGAGUUUUGACGGCAAAUCUCGAGAGGAUCGUCAGUUUCAGCUAAACCGUGGUGUUAUACCCACUUUAAAUUAGUGUUUUUAGUUGAAAGAGGAUUCUUCUACCAACUAAAAUGCAUACCACAAUGCGGUUGAAGGCUGCGGAUGCGCCGUUCUCAGUACGUAAUGGAAAUGAUUUGGAUAUACUAAACUCUCCGAAACGAUUAAACACAAUCCAGAACAGUAACAUAACUUCAACCCUCACCCUAAGCAAUAUAAAUUCAAAUGGAAUUACGACAACGACUCAAACGGCCGAUAUAAACACAACGUUCAACAACGUUAAUACCGAAGAUACGGUGCAAUGGUGCAACCCUGCACUUGUUCAGGAGCGAGAGCUAGCAAACAACGCGAAGAACAGGGCGCACUUCAACAUCAACAACAACACCCUGGCUGCAUCCUUGAGAGCAACGCGGUACGGGACCGCUUCAUCCCUAUAUUCGGAAUCUUCUCCAGAUGAUAGUCUUCUGGAUUACGAAGACGUACAUCAAAGCAACUCAUCAAUCGACGCGUCCCCACAAGAUGAAGAUCGUGGUUUCGACAUUUCCGACUCGGAAUCCCUUUCAGACGAAGGCAACCUAAAUACACGAGAAACUCUCCAGCGACGUGGAAUCGUGAACCCCAACUACCCGGGAUUUCAGCAUCUCGCCCACACUCUCGAUUACACAAUUAAAACUUCGUCCGACACCGAUUUCACAGACGACGAUUUUGAUUACGAUUCUUCAACCACUAAAUUAACUGCCGAAGAGAACAAUAUCAACAAUAAUAACGAGGAUGUGGAGUAUAAAAUUGAUAGUGUAAAUCGUUUGGAUAGUGUCGAGAACAUUCAGAAAGUGUUUUAUGAUAAACCCGUGUUUAAUAUUCCAUUAAAUCUAAAAGGUGAAAAUUGUGAAUCUGAAGAGGCGAGUGCUACUAAUUCAAACUCAAAUCAAGGUAGCGACGACGAUUUUGAAGUUGCCACUCCUCACAGCAUUCUGUUUAACAUUCACUCUGAUGAAAUUGCGCUCAAUAAGGAUGAAGGGUUAGAAAGCCACGUUACCGUCGAUGAUUUAACGGGCGAUUCGUCAGAUUCAUCCAAUCUGCCUGUCUCGUCACAAACCGAAAUUGUAAACAAAAACCAAAUUGAAUUUGCUCUCGAACGCGUGAUUGAAAACGAAUUAAAGGAGGCAAUAGAGAAGCUGUCAACCACCAGUAAUUUAGAACCAUCCGCAAUUAAAUAUAACAUAGAACCAAAUACAGAUCAGCCGUUUAAUAAAAGUCAAGAACAAAUUGUUGUCAAAUCAGUGAACGUCGAAGAAGCCCCGACAAUAAUUCAAACGGCAAACAUGGCCGCAAUGUCUUGCAUGCACCUUCCCUCGGCAAACGUUAAACCGCUGACCAAAUCGGACAGCUUUAAGGAAAAUAUUAAAAUCGCCGAAAUCGAAAGCCUAGAUUACGCUAAAGAUGCCUACAGUCGUAAAAUAUCGGACGCGUUUUUAUCCGAAGUCAGCGAAGACUUGGGGGGCGUUCUACAGGUAGCAUCAAAUUUUUUUAAUUCCGCCGAUUUGAACGCGAACUCCAAAAAAAUCCACGAACCGCAAACGAUGGAAGUGAAACCUUGGAAAACGAGACGGGAUUCUAAUAGAGACGUCGAGGAAUUCGAGGAGAUUACUAGAAAUAAGCGAUUUAAUGAGAAACUGGACGGCUACAAAGGCGACGAAGUGGAAAAGUUCUGCAAGGAAGACAAAACAAAGGAUGACAAGGAAAAAGAUGAGGAUACGGUUAUUCCGAGGAAAAAGGAGAAAAUUGAGACGACCUACAUUAAAAAACGUCGCGAUUAUAAUCAACAGUUUGGCAGUCUAAUUACUGUGCCGAGAAGGGAGUUCGGGGGCAAAAGUAGAGAUACGGUCAACAGGCGGUCAACACCUACCAUUAGAGAUAAAAAGAAGCAAUCUCCUGAAAGUUUAGGCGGAUUCGACGUCUACAAUAUCGAGACGGCUAUGCCAAAAAUUGAUCUCGAUGCUAUCGAAACCCACCUUCGUGCUGCACGUGAAGAGGAACGAAGGAGACGGACUGAUCGUGAAGAAAUUCGAAGACGACUAGCGAUGGGUUCCGAAGACGACUAUUAUAACGACCGACCUGGACGAAAACCCAGUUUACAAGCUCGACUUCAAAGCGGUAAGGGUAUGAAUCUACAAAUUUGUUUUAUGAACGAGACCGCCUCCGACACGGAUAGUCCCAGUUCCGAUUCAGAAUGUCCGAUGACGAACCCGAAGGAGCAGAGAAUGUCGCCGAAAAUUAUUAAAACUGCACCCGUGCACCCGGAACUAGUACUUGAACCGAGUCUGCCUAUUAGACCCGCCACGCUCGCAAUUGGACAACCCUUAUUACAGCCAGUUACCGAGCACAUGACUGAAACUGAUUUUUUUACGAGACAAGCGAGAUUACAGACUGAAGCCCGAAUGGCACUUGCACAGGCUAAGGAAAUGGCGCGUAUGCAAAUGGAGAUUGAAAGACAACGGCAAAUAAAAAGUCCAAUAACCGAAAUGGUAAGGCACAGUUUAGAAAAGGUCGGAAUACCGUUCCCGGAAGAAAGGCGGCGUCUCUCCCGUCAAAUCCUAACCGAAAUGAACGUCGCGCAACUGCAAGUCAUCGUCAAUGAUCUUCACACACAAAUCGAAACCCUCAACGAGGUUCUAGUCAAAUUUUUAAUGGAAAGAGACGAUCUGCACAUGGAGCAAGAUUCGAUGUUGGUCGACAUUGAAGAUCUAACCCGCUAUCUAGGAGCCAAAGAACAGAGACUAAAAGAGAAAAGCAUUAUUCAAAACAAUAAUAUAACUCCUUUUUCGACAUCACCGCCUAGAUCACCUUUAGCAGCGCUUAAUAGUAGCGUCAAACCCCACUUACAUAGGAUAGCCAAUUUUGUAAAAAAGUAAUUUAUUUGUAGCUUUAUUUAGUUUUCUUCUUUUGUAUAUAUUCUAUGAAUAUUAUUUGUAAGGGCUUUUUUUUAUAGAAUGGAAAUUUGUCGAUAUGUUUUUGCUUAACGUAAUGAGUAAUGGCACUUUUGUUACCUAUCAAUAUUAAUGUAGAAUAUUUGUGGAUUAUAAUUUUUCAUGACAUAUCAAAAAUAUGUAGAAGUAAUAUUUAGUAUUAGUCAUUUUAUCUUCUAGCUUACGUUUUUAGGGAUAGAUUUUCUUUAAUCUGUGCCAUAAACUGUUUCGUUUUUGACUUUAAAUUUGGAAUGAAAUUAAUUUUCAGAGACAUCCCUAAGUAUGUAAGUAUAUUAGGUUUCUUCCAUUUGGGUACAAUGUUAUUUGCACUAGUAUUUUAAGUGCCAUAGAAUUCAUAUGAGAAUUAUGUAAAUGAAAAUUCGCAAGGACAAUAAUUACACUUCAUCAGCAGACUAAUCCAUCACGUGUAGUUUUACUUGGACUUUGUCUUGUUUUUGCAUAUGGAAAUACUCAUCGGUCAUGAUUGAAUUUCUGUACAUAAUACUCGUAUGAAGUGAUAGACCAAUUUAGUUUUACUUUAAACCACAAUUCCAUAAUCUUCGGCAGUCAUUCAACUGGUAUUGUAAUAUAUUGUAAAAAAACCGCAAUAUACGGUAGAUAUCAUGGAUAUAUAGGACGUGAUCUAGGCUUGUAAAAUAUGAUAUAUUUUGCAACGUUUGUCUUAUUUUGUCAUGCCUCUAAUAAACUAUUUCUUAAUGGCAAUCUUAUAUAAAUGUAACGUAAAUGUGCCAUAAAACUCGUCUUUGUCCACGCGCACCUACACUCAUCUACCUACAAUAUUCCAUUAAGACUGCAAAAAUGUAUCCAAAGAUCUUAAAAUAAAAUUUGUUGUAUUCGCCAUUGUAAUUUUAAGAGAGUUUUAAAAUCUUUACUAAAGUGUAAAACGUUGUAAAAACUAUCGCUUUGAAGAAUAAAAAUAUUGAAAUCGUCA